ACAAUAUAUUAGCUAAUGGACAUUUACUUGUGCCCAUAUUCGUCGAUCUGCCUGUUAUGUUUUCAUAUGCAUGCAUUGUUUCUUACUUGAGUAUGCAAAUAUAAAUUGUUUAGAGAGAGAGAGAGAGAGAGAGAGAGAGAGAUCCCGCCUGAACUUCCUCUGACUGACGUCAGCCUCUCCGCUCCGGACACCGCGCUGAGAAAAAUGCUUCUCUCCGUAGCGCCAAGGACGGGAAUCAACCCCUACAACGGAUACAACAGCAGAAACAGCAAAAAGCAAGCCUAUGUGUCCUGCAGCCACCAGAUGGCGCUGCCCAGUCCCAACACCAACAGCAGCAGCUCGAGUAGUGCGGGGGGCGGGGAACAGCUGAGCAAAACCAACCUGUACAUUCGUGGGCUACAUCCGGGGACCACUGACCAAGACCUGGUCAAGCUCUGCCAACCGUAUGGAAAGAUUGUGUCCACCAAGGCUAUUCUGGACAAAACUACCAACAAGUGCAAAGGCUAUGGCUUUGUGGAUUUUGACAGUCCUGCAGCAGCACAGAAGGCUGUGACGGCGCUCAAGGCCAGCGGGGUUCAAGCUCAGAUGGCCAAGCAACAGGAACAGGACCCUACCAACCUGUACAUCUCUAACCUGCCCGUGUCCAUGGACGAGCAGGAGCUGGAGGCCAUGCUCAAAUCCUUCGGUCAGGUGAUUUCCACACGGAUCUUACGGGACGCCAGUGGGACCAGCAGAGGCGUAGGAUUCGCAAGGAUGGAAUCCACAGAGAAAUGUGAAGCCAUCAUUCAGCAUUUUAAUGGAAAAUAUAUCAAAACCCCACCUGGAGUGCCAGUACCUACAGAACCGUUGUUAUGCAAGUUUGCUGAUGGAGGACAAAAGAAGCGACAAAACCAGGCAAAGUACCUACAGAACGGUCGAGCCUGGCCUAGAGAUGGUGAAACGGGAGGAAUGACGCUCACGUAUGACCCAGCUGCCUUACAGAACGGGUUUUAUUCUCCACCGUACAGCAUUGCUCCAAACCGAAUGAUCGCUCAGACCUCUCUGUCUCCAUACAUGUCCUCACAAGUACCAUCCUAUCAGGUGCACAGCCCGUCCUGGAUGCAUCAUCAGUCGUACCUCAUGCAGCCCACCGGGGCCGUUCUGACUCCAGGUAUGGAUCACCAGAUGUCCAUUCAGCCCACGUCUAUGAUCGGACCCCUGACCCAGCAGCUCGGUCACCUUUCGCUCGGCAGCGCUGGCACGGUUGGGGCCUAUUACCAUCAAUUUAGAUAUAUACCUAACGCAGCUAUGCAAGGAUCGUAUAUCCCUCAGUGCACCUCAGUGCCUCCCUCUACUGUUACAUUAGAGGAAAACAGUGGACAGCAGCAGCAGCUUUCCAUGGAGACGCCUUCAGAACACACUAAUUAUUCCUAUCAGCACAGCAAAUGAAGCUACGGUCCUCUGGAGGUGCUGCUCCGCGCUGUGGACACUCGGGGUUUACCACAGACAGAGUCCCAGAGCAAUCCGGAUCUUUUGUAGGACAUCACUCAUCUUUUGUUCGACUCCUCUCUCUCUUCAGGAGUCACUCAGCCAACGGCGGGAGACUGUGCAAAAGAGCUAGCAAUCUUUCAUCUAUUUUGAUAACAAAACCGAAAAAAGUGUAAAAAAAAAAAAUAAUAAUGCUGAUUAAGAAAAGGGUAAGGCAAACACAAUGUGUUCUUUUAUGCACAAAAUGGCAAAUUCUUAUUUUUAAGAACUAAUUCUUUAAUAUGGGAGGAUAAAAAAGAAAAAGUUAAAAAUGAGAAUUUUGUUUGUAAAAUAUGCAACUUUUUUUUAAGAUUUGUUCUUUUUUUUCUUCUUUUUUUUUGUCAGCAGCAGUAAGAUAUUUUUGUACAGAUUAAUAUGCAAACAGUGCAUUUUGUUUGUCCUGUUUUUGAAUUUGUUGUUUGAUAUUUAGGUGUUUUGUUAAAAACAU